AUGGAGGGGGAGAAUGGGGAGAUUUCGACCGUAACGGGAGCCAGGGUGUAUCAGAAGGUGGCGGGCGGUCGCGAUAGCACCGCCUACGAGAAUCACAGCAAUGGUCGAAAAUCUCCUACUCCGCCCAAAAUGAUGGGCGAUGCGAAGGAUCCGGCCCGGCUGGUGGUUCGACCGGAUUCGUCGACGGUCAUCGCCGACACUAGGAUCAGCUUCUUCUGUCGUGCCGAUGGAAAUCCACUGCCGAAUGUUGUGUGGAGAAUCAAUGGGAAACCUCUCACGGAUUCUAGAUGGGAUUCCAUCGCGGAUUUCCCUGCUGUUGAUGCUCAUCCAACCCUGAAAUCUGUGGAACAAGGACGAACAUUCACGUCACUUAGAGAUCCAAGACCAAAAGUUCUAUGGUUACGGGAUUUGGUGCCGAUCGACAUUCGAGCCGAUGGACGCUACUCUGUCUCUACUAUGGGGAAUCCAGGUGCCUUGAUGAUCCAGCAAGCUCGAGAGGAGGACCAGGGCAAGUACGAGUGUGUGGCGAGGAACAGCUUAGGCGUCGUACAUUCGAAGGCUGCUCAUCUUUACGUGAAAGGCAAGUGCAGGACCAAAUUUAGGGCAAAGGCAGAGGUUCGUCGCGUGCCACCGUAUUUCUCCUACAAACUCGAACGAAUCUAUCGGGUCGGCGCCGGCGGAAGCGUGAAUCUCACGUGUGUCGCUGUCGGAUUUCCCAUGCCACGAGUGUUCUGGAAGAAAAGCGAUGACGUUGUACUGAGUGAUCCGGCAAUGGCACCGAUAGGGAAAAACGUGCUCACACUAACAAACAUCGAACAGUCGGAGAAUUUCACCUGUGUCGCCGUCAGUAAACUUGGAAACAUCGAAGCGACGACAUUGGUCGAAGUGAAAGCUCUUCCCCCACCUCCUCGGAACUUCAAAGUCUCUUCGGUCACAAGUGACAGCGUCACCUUGACCUGGGAGGCUCCGACGUUGGCUGAACCGGCAAUAGAGUAUGUCAUCAAGUACCGACAAAAAUAUGCCGAUUCGAACGCGUUGAAGAAGUGGAAAGUGGAUCCGCUAUUGACCAGCACUACCAUCGACCAUUUGGAACCGUUUCAGAUGUACGAAUUCGUUAUUGCGACUGUUGGAGAUUUUGGUGAAGGGCCAGCGUCGAUUCCUAGGGAAGCACAGACCGCAGCCGCAGCUCCAAGCCCUCCGGUCAAG